AUGGCAACAUUGGGUGCAAACUCAAGUAUUAUUAUCAAAACUGAUAUAAGGUUUCACAGAACAACUACAACAACAACAACAACAAGAUGGCAAUGUCAACACCACAAAGGGGAACACCAUUCUUCUCCCAAUCCUACACAUAUAUUUGAAUUUGGGUUCAAUAGGAUGCUUGUUUCUCUCAAAGAUUGGAGAAAUUUACGUCUCAUGGAACUAGCUGGCUUAUUGGUUUGCAUUUUGAUGCUUGUUCCUUCAGCUGAUGCUGUUGAUGCUCUCAAAACUUGUGCCUGUUUGCUCAAGGAAUGCAGGCCAGAAUUAGCCAAGUGUCUUUCAAACCCAUCAUGUGCUGCAAAUAUUGCUUGUCUCCAAACUUGCAACAACAGACCUGAUGAGACUGAAUGCCAAAUUAAAUGCGGAGACGUGUUUGAAAACAGUGUGGUUGAUGAAUUCAACGAGUGCGCCGUCUCAAGGAAGAAAUGUGUACCUAAGAAAUCUGAUGUGGGAGAGUUUCCUGUUCCAAACCCGGACGUUCUUGUGAAGAGCUUUAAUAUUUCAGAUUUUAGUGGCAAGUGGUACAUCACUAGUGGGUUAAAUCCCACCUUUGAUGCCUUUGAUUGCCAAUUACAUGAAUUUCACACAGAAUCCAAUAAACUUGUUGGUAAUAUAGCAUGGAGAAUACCAACUCCUGAUGGUGGAUUUCUUACAAGGUCAGCCCUGCAGAAAUUUGUUCAAGAUCCUGAAAAUCCAGGAAUACUCUACAAUCACGAUAAUGAGUACCUUAACUAUCAAGAUGACUGGUUUAUUUUGUCAUCUCAAAUUGAGAACAAACCAGAUGACUAUAUAUUCAUAUACUACCGAGGAAGAAACGAUGCAUGGGAUGGCUACGGUGGUGCUGUCGUAUACACAAGGAGUUCAGUUUUACCAGAAUCUAUUAUUCCUGAACUUGAAAAAGCGGCAAAGAGCGUAGGAAGAGACUUUAGCAAGUUCAUAAGAACAGAUAACACAUGUGGACCAGAGCCUUCCAUUGUGGAGAGGUUGGAGAAAAAAGUAGAGGAAGGAGAGAAAACCAUUGUGAGGGAAGUUGAAGAGUUGGAAGAAGAGGUAGAGAAGGUUGGUAAAACCGAAAUGAACUUGUUACAGAAGUUGGCAGAAGGGUUCAAAAUUUUGCAAGAAGAUGAAGAAAAUUUCUUAAGAGGGCUAUCUAAGGAAGAAAUGGAGAUACUCAACAGCCUCAAAUUGGAAGCUGAUGAAGUAGAAAAGCUCUUUGGACGUGCUUUGCCACUAAGGAAACUAAGAUAA